AUGCAUAAUGAUAAAGAAAUUACCGAAAUUCUCGUUUCGCAUGGUGCGAAUAUGAAUGAAAAAACUUAUAGUUUUGGAGAAACCGCACUUCAUAUUGCAGCAAUGCAUAAUUAUAAAGAAAUUGUCGAAAUUCUCAUUUCACAUGGUGCGAAUAUCAAUGAAAAAACUGAUUCUGGAAAAACAACACUUCAUAUUGCAGCACGGUACGAUAGUAAAGAAAUUGCCGAAAUUCUCAUUUCACAUGGUGCGAAUAUGAAUGAAAAAGAUAAAAGUGGAGAAACCGCACUUCAUAUUGCAGCAUUGUAUAAUUAUAAAGAAAUUACCGAAAUUUUCGUUUCACAUGGUGCGAAUAUGAAUGAAAAAACUGAUUAUGGAUUAACAGCACUUCAUAUUGCAGCAUUGUAUAAUUAUAAAGAAAUUGCCGAAAUUCUCAUUUCACAUGGUGCGAAUAUCAAUGAAAAAACUGAUGAUGGAUUAACAACACUUCAUAUUGCAGCAUUGCAUAAUUAUAAAGAAAUUGCCGAAAUUCUCAUUUCACAUGGUGCGAAUAUCAAUGAAAAAAAUGAUGAUGGAGAAACAGCACUUCAUAUUGCAGCACGGUACGAUAGUAAAGAAAUUGCCGAAAUUCUCAUUUCGCAUAGUGCUAAUAUGAAUGAAAAAAAUAAAAAUUGA